AUGGGAGGGAGCGGGAACGCAGCCGCGUCCCGAAACCCAAACCGGGUAACCCAGACCUGCUUUCCUCUGCGGCUCGAAACUCAUCCCCCAAACUCUGCAGGGUGGCAGGCUGAGCGCUCCCCCGCCAUCGGCGCCCCAUCUGCCCACCCGUUCAUCAGUCCAGCCGUCCGUCGGCCCGACCAUCCAUCAGGUCAGCUACCUGGCCAUGGGUACGUCCAGCUCCAGAGUCCUCUGGCAUACCCUCCUCCCCGCUCCGCGCGGCGUCUGCACCCCGAACCUCCCUGCGCAGCUCGCCCCAGCCGAGUCCCGCUGCCCCGCGAAGUGGUGGGCACUCACCGGCUACGCUCCCGGCUGCGCUCCCGGCUUCGCCGCGCUGAGCACGAAACUGAAAGUAGGCGCGGAGAGCAGCCUGGCGACGGGCGCGGGGAGCUGGCUGCCUCUGCCGGGAAAUCACGUGGGUUCUCGGUGCCCCGGCGAGGGCGCGAGCGCGGGAUGGGCGGGGGCAGCACACGCCCUCCUGCAGGGCCCGCGUCCCGCGCCUCUUGGAGCUCAGCCACCUGUACGGAGGACACCCAGAGACGGCACCAAGGGACGCGGGGAGCGCUCGCCCCUUUCCUGGAUGCGAUACUGAGGCGAAGGGAUGAGGGUUGGCACACCCGGGUCGCGCCAGUAGACCCCGGGCUGAGUUCGGCUCUCCCUGCCUCUCUGGAGACUAAGACGGUGUCCUUGUAUUUUUGUCUCCUUCUGCUGGUCCCAUGUCCCUGUGAGAAGGGAAACUGCUCCCCUUCCAGCACCAACUCUGAUAUCCAGAAAUCACGUGACAGCACGGAUUUUGCAGUCAAGUGCUUGUGGGUGAUGACCAGCUCCACCAUUUCAGGUGAAACAGAGACAGAGAGGGUAACAUGCCGAGAUUACACAGCUAGCAGCACAGGAGCCGGGAUUUGGACCCAGGCAGGGCAGCUCCAGAACCCCUGCUCUUGGUCACCAUGUGAUACUCCCUCUAGGCUAACACAGUUCUUACCAGAACCCUAUGUGGAAGGGACUCUGCACAUGCCAGUGUCUUCCUAUGCUUUUCCCCCUUCCAUUUGGCCAAUGUGGCAGCGAGGGAUUUUCUUCACACACCUUCCCUGGAGCCUGGUACCUCCCAAGACUGAGAUGGCAGAAAGAAGCCUUCUGUAUUCUAGCCUGAGUGGGAAGAAGACACGCUUUGCGCAUCAUAAGGUGGUCUGGCUGGUGCUCAUAAGAGGUUACUCUUCCAUGUUAAAGUCUGAUUUGCUUUUUAGAGGCUCCAUCCUCGUCCUCUUCUACCAGAAACCAGACCUCUGUGAGGGCCCCCUACCCUCCCUGCCAUCCUCCGGAUCUGAAGCCCCUAUGGUCCCAUAUUUCCUAUCCAGCACUGGAACCACAUGGAACACAGAAUGGGUGACACCUCAUACAGAAAGCUGGUCAGAACAGGAGAUGGGACCUCGGUGGGUGGGUGGGGAAGAGGGCCCAGUGCUGUGGGGGAGGGAAGAGAGAUGGUCUGAGAGACGCUCUCUGCUGACCGAUGGGGAGGUUAAGAAACCCGGCCAGGGCUUCCCUGGUGGCGCAGUGGUUAAGAAUCUGCCUACCAAUGCAGGGGACACGGGUUCGAGCCCUGGUCCAGGAAGGUCCCACAUGCCGCGGAGCAACUAAGCCCGUGCACCACAACUACUGAGCCCGCGUGCUACAACUACUGAAGCCCGUGCGCCUAGAGACCGUGCUCUGCAACAAGAGAAGCCACCGCCAUGAGAAGCCCGUGCACUGCAACAAAGAGUAGGCCCCCGGGCUUCCCUGGUGGCGCAGUGUUUGAGAGUCCGCCUGCCGAUGGAGGGGACACGGGUUCGUGCCCCGGUCUGGGAAGAUCCCACAUGCUGCGGAGAGCCUGGGCCCGUGAGCCAUGGCUGCUGAGCCUACACGUCCAGAGCCUGUGCUCCGCAACGGGAGAGGCCACAACAGUGAGAAGCCAGCGUUUACCGCAAAAAAAAAAAAAAAAAAAAGAGUAGCCCCCACUUGCCGCAACUAGAGAAAGCCCACGCGCAGCAAGGAAGACCCAAUGCAGGCAAAAAUAAAUAAAUAAAUAAAUUAAUUUUAAAAACCUCUCCUUAAAGAAAAAGAAAAAGAAAGAAACCCAGCCAGCUCCUGCUCCCUUUCUCUCUACCAAAGCCACACGCACAGGCAGAUAUUCAAAAAGACAGCAGGGUCAGCUCAGCGUAUCCUGUGGGGAAACAGAAAGCUCUGGGCAGGGCCUUCUCCAGAAUACCCCCUGCACACCCCAGUAAUGGAGCCUGAGACUCCGCCAUUAGAGUCAUCUCAUGUGGACAAAUAUCCUACAAGGUCAGCAUGGAAAGGGAAUUUGGGGAUCAUCAAGUCUAACUCUCUCAUUUUAUAGGAAGGGAAACUGAGGCUCGGGGCCGGGCGUGAACGAGCCUCCCAGCCCAGGGCUCUUCCUGCCACAUCAGGUGCCAUUAGGAGACCCGUGCCCUUAAGGGGGGCUGAGCUAUCCGUGGGGUGGCAGAGACAAUAUUCUCCAGUGAAGCAGAAACAGGGAUCCACGCUCUGGCCAAGUCAUGGGUGUGCAUUGCCACCCACAGGAGGAGGCACCUUGAGGGAAGGGGACCCAGGACUGCUAAGCUUCGAUGACUGGAGAACCAGGGGCACUUGCAGCUCCGCCUGGGAAGGGCCUAGAAGAUGAAUGAGAGCCUCCCUGUCAGGCAUGUGUCCCCAAAGCCUCCUCCAGCCCAGACUUUCGAGACAUGACCUCAGGGGUGCCCACUGUGGUGACCCUUGUCCACAGGAGGUUCUGGGCAGACUCAACACUGCUCCUCAGAUGACAAGCCCACUGUGAGUGCUCCCUGGGGCACAGAGGUGACCCAUGGGGCAGACGGCCCCACAGCCUGCAGGGCCUUCAUCUAUAUGCCCAUGAAAAACUCCAUCUCAACCCACCCUCUCUUCCUGUCCCCACCCCCCAAAUGGUACCUCUCCCGAGUGGUCCCUCCUAGGCCCUGGGGAGGGCUGUGACUGCAUCCCAUCCGAGGAACCAAGGCCCGGCGAGCGGCCAGCUGGCCAGUGCUCUCCUGCCCUCCCCACCCCCUUAAUCCACACCACCAGGGUUCCAUUUCUGCAAUCUCAGCGUCGUCCCAACAGACACACAGGCAGAAGGGUCACAAGAUAAGGGAGGGAUCAUCUGGUCCCGUUGCCUGAUUUCCUUUAGGACUCUGUGUCCACUUUCUUUAAGACAUGAGGUACACGGGGCUUAUUUUUUGGCCGCACCCCGAGAACCCUUGCCCCCUACAGUGGAAGUGCGGAGCUUUGACCGCUGGCCGGCCUGGGAAGUCCCGCUACGGCGCUCAUUUCUCCAGGUGCACCCAAGACCACCUACCUUGGUCAAUGUGGAAAAAGUCAGUUUAAUCCUGAAGUCAAAAAGAUGAGAAUUUGGCCCUCCAUUGUGCUCCCAAUCACCCAGAAAAGAAACUCUAGGAAUUAUUUCAAGUGUUUCCGUCUAUAUUUAGGGCCCUCCACAGAGAGCCCUUUUGAGCUCUCUCAUGAGAUUUGCCGUUCCAGCCACCAGGCCUUUGCUCAGGCAGGCCCUUCCUCUGGCUAUGCCCUCCCUCCCUCCUUCAUGGUGCCUCUUCCUCUGAAUUAAGACUCUAGGAGGAGUCUUCUCCCCCCAGAAGUCAGGUCCUAAGUCCUGGAGGGAAGGAGCCAUAUUUCCCCACCAAUAUCCUGUGCCUGACAUAAGAGGGACAAGGGAGGGAUUUGCUGAGUCAACCACUCACCCCUCUCUGCAGACAUACUGGGAAUCCAAGAGGCUUAAGUUCUCCUUCCUGGAGCAGGAGGCCUGGGUGGUAGUGAUGGUGUGUGGUCAGGCCACUCGAGAAGUUCUCUUGUUUUUUGUACAUCCCGUGCUCGACCAGAUCCCGCUUCACCUCCACCCCA